AAUGAAAGCAGUUUUGUGGCAACUGUAUAUGGAGCUGGAAAUGGAGCAACAAUAGUGGUCAAAAAUAUAAAUGCCUUUCUAUUGUUCAACAUGCCUUAUGGUGCUCGAUUCUUUGCAAACAGUGUCAUUAUGCUUUCAGGAAUAUCUGGAUUAGCGUUUUCCAAGUCAUUUGCUCUUGCUAUACUGUCCAUUGUACUUGUUGGUGCAUCAAAUGCUUUUGGAGAAAAUGUUGCACUAGGCUAUCUAUCAAGGUUUGACAGCCACAAUGUGACAGCUUGGGCCAGUGGCUAUGGCUUAGCAGGGCUUCUGGGAGCGUUUUUGUAUGUUCUUUUUGGUUGCUUUAUUAAUGGUGAGGAACAUUCCCAAGAUAUGCGGAACCUGGAUAAGUGGGCAUUCAUCAGUAUUGUACCAGCAGUGGUUGUAUACCUUGCAGUAUCAUUACGUCUAAUCAAAGAGCGUGCUAAACCUGCUAAGCAAAGACAAAUAUGCAACAGAUCCUCAGUUGAUGACCAGACAACUCCACUGUUGAUAAAUACCACAGAUAUUUUACGAGUGCAGCGAGAGGUGCUCAGUGAAACAUCAUCACACAGUCAAAGCAGCAGUCAAAGCAGCAGGGAUGCAUUGUUGACCACUGACAAAGAUGAAGAAAUCGUUUUACCUCUUUCAGCAAAAAUCAAGGAAUUUUUCCUGCAAAUCAGAAGAUGCUUCAGACUUGUUGCAUGGUUAGCAUUCAAUUUGGCUGUUGUACAAUUUAGCAGUUACACAAUAAGAGUGGCAGCUGCCAAGGCAAGGCCAAAACAUGAUACCGCCUCAUGUCCAGAGCUGUAUGCAUCAUUACAACUCUGCUUUCAGGCUGGUGUCUUUGCUUCACAAUCUUCACUUCCUAUUUUGAAGAUCAGACGAGUAGGUCUGCUGACCGCUGUGCUAACAAUUAACAUGCUACUAUGGCUCAUAAAUGAAGGGUUCAAAUUUCUCCCAGUUGCACUAUUGCCAGCGUUAAUGGUAGUAGCUGGUUGUCUGAGAGGAGCAGUGUAUGUGAAUGUGUUCUACAUGAUAAGGACGGAUAGACGGUUUCCAGAUAAAGACAGAGAGAUGUCAGCAAAUGUUGCCGGCAUAUUUUUGACAAUAGGGUUGUCAUUGAGCUGCAUCUUACAGACGAUUUUAUUCAACACAGUACUGUUGCCAUAUUGAUGGAAGGACGCGUUUAUCCGACGAUUGCUACCACGGAGGAUUUUUAGAGUGCAAUGACUAUUGUUUUGUAAUUUGGUCACAAUUUUCACGAAGGAAUGGGCAUAUCAAAAUUGAGAAUUUGAGUAUUUUUUGCCUAUUGUGUUUAAAAACAUGGUCAACAUUAAUGACGCCAGAAAAAGGCAUCUCGAUGAUUGCAUCUUCACGAAGAGAUGCAAACACGCCUGCCCCUUAAAAAUGUACAAAAGUACGGGAAAGGCGUAAAAUUAGGUCAACUGAGAUUUUCGUUUCUACUAGCUGACGGGCAUCUUUACUAAUUUAUUUUGGCUAAUAAACCACCUGUGUCAAUUAAAAUUACUGGGUUUCAAUUAAAGUUGGCCUAUCAAAGAAUUAUGUCAAGGUUUCCUUAUUGAUAAAGUUGUUGCAAAGUAGUAGUUUUUGCAGUUUUGAAAACGGAGAUACUUUUAUACGUUAUUUUACGUCAAAUGUUACAAAUCUGUAAAACUAAGUACAGUAAUUAUGUUUAGAAUAUUAUUGAAAUGUAGAAGACUCCGUAUCGUUCAAAAACUGUGCAAAUGCAUUCUCGUUUUUUAUUCAACGUUCAGCCAAUUUUGCAAUGUACAUUUUUUGACUUGCGUGCUUGUUGGGUUCGAAGUGUAUAUAAGUGAAACAACUGUUCAUUAAAGCCUGAAAUGUCUUUGAAACUUCAAACAAACAAAAAGUGGUUUUCAGAUCUUAAGCGGACCGUAAAUGACGGCUUCAAUCUAAAUAAAAAGAAUAAUAAAUGAAAAAAAAAUCUUUCCCAA